AUGCCCGUUUCCGAGGCACCUGCUGCGGGGCCUCUGCAUGCGAGGGAGUCGGGCGGCGACGUACCAGGGAGCAUGGGGACGCUCAUCAAGAAGCUCUACCCCCUCUACACUCAGCGUGUGCAGCCGCUGGAGGAGAUGUAUAACUUUCACAUAUUUCGUCCCAGCUGGUAUGAGGAGACGAUCCUCAAUGAGCGCCCUUUUGUGACGCUUUUUGGUCCGUGGUCGGCUGGCAAGACCACCUUCAUCAACUACCUCUUGCAGAGCAACGCCUUGUGGACUGGGCCGCAGCCGACAACGGCAGAGUUCACGGUGAUGAUGUACGGCAAAGAGCCAGGCCCGAUUGACGGCCAGGCGCUGGUCAACUCGAAGUAUCUGCCGUUCAAGGGCCUGCUAGAUUUUGGUGAGUCGUUCAUCAACAACCUCAAGGGCUUCCAGGAACCCCAUUCACUUCUGGAGCGGGUCACGCUCAUCGAUAGUCCUGGUGUGCUAGAGAGCGCUAAGGACAUUCACCAGCGCAAGUACGACUACGUAAAGGUGUGUCGUUGGUUUGCAGAGCGAAGUGACUUGAUCUUAGUCUUUUUCGACCCCAGCAAACUUGACGCCGGCGCGGAGCUUCGCCAGCUCUUUCAAACCUCGUUUAAAGGGAUUGAGAAUCGCCUCCGCCUCGUGCUGAACAAGGCUGAUACCAUCUCCACCCAGGAGCUCAUGCGUGUCUACGGCAGUUUGUUCUGGAACUUAUCGAACUUCAUCAACACAACGGAGCCGCCGCGUGUCUACGUUGGGAGCUUUUGGGAUAAACCGUACAACUCAAACUCAUUCUCACUUCUCUUCGCGGAGGAGAAGGUGGACCUGCUGCAGGAGUUGGUGGAGAUAAUCCCGCAGCAGGCCAAGGACAAGAAGGUUGCGUCGCUCAUUCGGCGAGCCAAGGAGGUGCUCGUGCACGCCGUCAUCAUUGGCGGCAUCCGGACCGACCUGCCGGCGAUCUUCGGUAAGUCCAAGGCGAAGAGGAAGGCUGUGGAGCAGCUGCCAAGGCGCUACGAACUCAUCGGCGCUCGCUACAAGAUGAACCACCGCGACUUCCCGCCGGUGCAGGCGUACAAGGCCUUUUUGGAGCGCUUCGACGCAGAGAAAUUCCCGCCGCUGAAGAAGCCAGAGAAGGCUGGUCUUAUCCGCGGUAUUCAAGAGCUCAUUGACACGAUCCUACCAGCCAUGCUUCGACCGGUACGCGACAUCCGUGCCGCGAAUCCAUUUCAUGAGGAUGAGCGGGCGGGUUUGCUCAACAUGUACCGUGAUCGUGUGCUCUCGCAGUAUGAUGGGCGGCGUGACAUGCAGGGCAGCCCCGACAACGUUGACUCCACCAAGCGCCGGUAUCUCUCCAACUCGGCAGCUCAGGGCCCGUCACCGAGUGUUACUGCCGCCCCCGCAUCGAACCCGUCGUCCCUAUUCGGCCCUAGCACCGUCGUUACAGCACUUUCCGCAUCGCCAUCCUUCACAGGGCCGCCAUCCCUCACAAUGGCUGCUUCGUCCACGGCGGCCACCACUGCACCGCAGCCACAGACCUCCGCGGCGACGAUGCCGUCAUUAGCUGAUAUGCAAUCAAUGAUGACGAUGAUGCAGCAGCUGUUGGCAAAUCGUCAGCAGCAAGACCAACUGCACAGCAGUGCAGCUGCGACCACCAUCUCGCACGGGAGAGCAUUCUCAUCGACCCCACAGCCACCAGCAAAUCCUGCCGAGUCCUCCCUCCCGCCAUCCCCCCAAGAGUCGGCCUUUGACAACGAACUUUGCCCACCGACGGUGAUGUCUCCACUCGGCGCGCCUCCCUACCGCGCUCCCGAGAUGAACACAUGGACUGGCGGGGAUGUGUUGAAGCAACUGCAGUGA